GCUAACGGGAAUGCUGCGGGCGCGUCUCUAUCCGCCGGAUCGCGUGCACUUUGACAUCGACCAUGAGCAAAUCAUCCGCUACCAGGUCUUGGACAAAGAGCCCGCCAAGAAGGGGGACGUGUCCGCCAAGGAUGGCUUCUGCUUGCAGAAGUUCGUGAAUCCGAACGGCUUGGCCGGGGAUCGGCACGACGCACGGCAGUACUUCACUUCCUUCCUGAACCAGUGCGGAAAGGCUGCAGGAGAAGAUGUGGACAGGCAGAGUAUUGCUGAGUUCGUCUACGACACGACCGCCGGAAAAGGAAAGGAGACGGACGAAAGUGACCAGUUCAAGGCCAUCCAGGAGGUGAUUCUGACCAUCACCAAGCAGGACUUCACUCGCCUUCGCGGCCUUGCGCAGAAGCUUGUCAGGUACGACCGCUUCCCAGCGGAGGAUCAGAAAGCAAAGGCUAAGAAGGGUCCGCAGAUGGAGAUGGAGUAUGAGUUUGGAUCAGAGCUUGAUUUCGUCUAUCCCUUGGAGGCGGACUCGACGGCGGCCUGGCGUUUGACACCGGAGGAGCCUGAGAAGGAGCCGAUCGAGCAGCUCUUCUUCCACCAGGCCAAG